AUGUCGAAGCCUAGUUCUUAUUUAGCUGAUAAAAUAGACGCAUUGGAAAAUAAAUUUAAAGUAGAAAAUGAAAAAGAUAAGGAUAAAGCGUCUAAAGAAUAUAAUGGCGGUUUGGAUGCUCCUAGAGCUGGUUCAGGGCGUAGACCGAGAAACUUGACUGAAUUAUCAAUGUCGGGUGGAACGCAAUCAACGAGAACUCCUAAAAAAUUGUUAGAUCUGCCCAUGUUUCCAGUUCAACAAAGGGUAUCUAAUACAGGAGAAAUAGAUAGGAAAAUGCAAGACAUUAUGAAAUUGACUGGUAUUUUAGAAAUUAAUGGAAAAAAAUAUGAAACUGAUAUAAAAGAUCUUGAUCACUGCGGUGAUCUCGGUAAUGGAACUUGUGGUCAUGUUGUGAAAAUGUUACAUAGGCCUAGUCAAACAGUUAUAGCGGUUAAACAAAUGAGAAGGUCUGGCAACAGUGAAGAAAAUAAAAGAAUUGUUAUGGAUUUGGAAGUAGUUUUAAAAUCACAUGAUUGUCCCUAUAUUGUACAGUGUUUAGGUUGUUUCAUAACAGAAUCCGAUGUUUGGAUUUGUAUGGAACUAAUGGCGACAUGUUUUGAUAAGCUACUUAAGAGACUUAAAAUAUCAAUACCUGAAGACAUAUUAGGAAAAGUUACUUAUGCUACUGUUAAAGCUCUAGAUUACUUGAAAGAAAAACAUGGAGUAAUACAUAGAGAUGUUAAACCAUCAAAUAUUCUUCUCGAUGAAAGAGGAAAUGUGAAACUCUGUGAUUUUGGUAUUUCUGGUAGAUUAGUCGAUUCGAAACCUCAAACUACGAGUGCUGGGUGUGCUGCUUACUUAGCUCCUGAAAGAAUAGCUCCACAAAAUCCUAGUAAACCAGAUUAUGACAUCAGAGCAGAUGUUUGGAGUUUAGGAAUAACUUUAGUCGAACUUGCAACUGGUGAAUUCCCUUACAAGAACUGCAAAUCUGAUUUUGAAGUUCUUGCCGAAGUCGUAGACGGAGAACCUCCCAAACUGCCACAGGAUCGAAACUUUAGUCCAGAAUUUAUUAGUUUUGUUAAUUCUUGUUUAACAAAAAAUUACAAGGAAAGACCAAAGUAUCGAAAAUUAUUAGAUCAUCCAUUUAUGAAAAUGUCGGAAGAAUCUAAAGCUGAUGUUGCUGAUUGGUUUGCGAAGACUGUACCCGUAACCGAUAUGAAUCUUACUGGAAAUUCCCCCAUAAGGAGGUUGUGCAUGAGAUUUCCAACUCCUGCUACGUCAUCAUCUUCUUCAUCCGCCUCAUCGACGUCAUCAUCAGCAUCCACACCAUCAUCAACAAGAUAUAAUUCUAAUUAUAUAGUUAAUUUAAAUAAUGAAAAAUCUUCGGAAUUAAAAUUUUCACAAGUUAAUAAUAAUAAUAGUAAGGGAAAAAUAACGGAAAUUCAUUUUCCACCAAGAAAUAAUGAAAGAUCAACCGUUGCCGCCAUAACACAAAAAUUAGAAUCUAGUCAUGUAUCAUCAACUUCUGGUCAUGUUCGUCAUUGUGACAUAUAUGAAAAUAGAAGAAGAUUUUUUUCUCAGGAACCUGUUGUUAUUAACGGAGGUUCUGAUUUACAAAAAACAUGGCAUCAACCUAAACCUCCAACUCAUUCCCAUUCUCAUCACCAUCACCAUCAUCAUCAUCAUCAUUUUCGAAGUUAUCCAAAUCAGUCAUUCACAAAUCAUCAAGUACCUGACAAUACUUUAGAACCUUGGCGUUCAUAUUCACCGAGCAGGGAUUCAAAUAAUUCAAACGAAUCUAGUCAGUGUUAUUCUGAAACAAAUAACACAGAUCACAAUCAUCAGGUAGAUGGGAAAAGUCAUGAAGACACGUCGAAAAAAAGAUUUUCAUCUUAUUUAAAAUUUCAUCUCGGUGGUAAAGAAGAAUCCAAGAGAUAUAAUUGUCUUUCGUCGUCAUUUAAUAAUAGUAAAAGUACAAGAGUACAGAGUACCUCGAAUCCAAGAGUACAGAGUACCUUGCAAAUUUCACAACCUAGUCAAAGUCCAGAACCUCCACCGCGUUAUAAUCGUUUUACGUCACAGGGUGAAGAGAGCGGGUCUCCUUUACCGAUGAAAAGAGGAUUUUUAGAUCAUUCACCGUUAAGAAAAGGUUUAGUCGAAGGUUCACCGUCGCUAUCCAGAAGAUAUGUAUCUCCAUCACCACCGCAACCACCUCCCAGAAGACUUUCAGACUGCAAUUCAGUUCCUGGUUCACCACAACAUAGACAAGUCGAACAUUACAGAGCAAGAUUUCAUUACACCCCCGAACCUCAAAGAAGAUUAUUUAGGACUGAAUUUUGA